UCAAAUGUUAAACAGUCAAAGAUUCGAGACACGUCGGCAAAUAACCGAAUAUAAUUAAUUUUAAUGGAUUUGAAUGUGGAUAGUAGUAUUGUAUGAAAAUCAUUUAAUGGAAUUAUUAACUAACAUCGAAAAAUGCGUUUUGCUUCGUGGCGUCGUGGGCGAUUUUUUCGCAUAGCCCUCGCGUCUUUGAUAGUUGUACCACUUUUUUACAUUUUAUUAACAUGGACAAUACAGAAAGAAAGAAAAUCUAUAUGGCCGUCAGCUUUUAAAAGUACUAGUAAUAAUAAAGAUCGGCCUCAACUGGUCGAAGGAUUGGGUAAUUUCGAACCGAAGAAUGCACUGAUAAGAGAAGGACCAGGUGAAGGUGGUAAGCCCCAUAACCUGAGGGAGGAUCAACAAAAUGAUGUAGCUGAAUCUGAAUCACAGUAUGGAAUGAAUAUGGUAUGUUCAGAUGAAAUUUCUUUAGAUCGUACUAUUAAAGAUACACGACUUGAAGAAUGUAAACAUUGGAACUACCCAACAGAGUUGCCUAAAACUAGUGUAAUUAUAGUGUUCCAUAAUGAAGGGUGGUCUGUUCUUUUGCGAACUGUACAUUCAGUUAUUAAUAGAAGUCCUGAUUAUCUUCUUCAUGAAAUAUUGUUAGUUGAUGACUUCUCUGAUAAAGAGCACCUAGGUGUCAGAUUGGAAAAUUAUAUUAAACAGUGGAAAGGACUAGUUCGAUUAAUUAGAAAUCAUCAGCGUGAAGGUUUAAUUCGAACUCGAUCUCGUGGUGCUGAAGAAGCAACAGGAGAGGUUAUAAUAUUUUUAGAUGCGCACUGUGAGGUGAACACUAAUUGGUUGCCACCACUUUUAGCACCCAUUCACAGAGAUAGCACUAUUAUGACAGUUCCGGUUAUUGAUGGGAUUGAUCAUAAAACAUUUGAAUACCGACCUGUUUAUGGUGAUGGCCAUCAUUUCCGGGGUAUUUUUGAGUGGGGAAUGUUGUAUAAGGAAAAUGAGGUUCCAUAUCGUGAAACUAAGACCAGAGCACAUAACAGUGAGCCUUAUAAAAGCCCUACACAUGCAGGUGGCCUAUUUGCAAUAAAUCGUGAAUAUUUUUUGCAAAUUGGGGCUUAUGACCCAGGCUUACUGGUUUGGGGAGGAGAAAAUUUUGAAUUAAGUUUCAAGAUUUGGCAAUGUGGUGGAAGUAUCGAAUGGGUACCUUGCUCAAAGGUGGGUCAUGUUUAUAGAGGUUUUAUGCCAUACAAUUUUGGCAAACUAGCAAAAACUAAAAAAGGACCACUUAUUACAAUUAAUUAUAAAAGAGUUAUUGAA